GGCGCGGCCCUGUUGCACGCCUUCGCCGUCGGGGCCGCGGCGGGGGUCGGCGAGCACGAGCACGGGCGCCGCGACAAGUUCGGAUGCCCCAUUGAGAGCACGCACUUGCUGUCGCCAGCCCAGUCGUGCUGCUACGCGAAGAUCGUGAAGGACCCCAGCUGUUGCCUCGACACUCACUUCAGCAAGGGCGUGACGCGCAGGAACUUCACGCGGCCGGGCACCUCUUGGAAUUGCCGCAAGAAGGGCUGCUAUGACAGCCUGAGAGGCCCCCGCGGCACGGACCAGAUGACGAUCCCACCAGGAGCGGACUGUACGACCCCCAGGAUUCUUUACAUCCACGGUGGCAGCUGGAUGUACGGGUCGCCCUUCACGACGGGCUACCCCCAGCUGGCCUCGAAGCUGGCCGCGGCGGCUGGGGCGGUGGUCCUCAUGCCCGACUACCCCCUCAUACCGUACGGCAACUACACCUCGAUACUCGAGGCAGGCCUGAGCGCCCUGCGGUGGCUCUCCCAGCACGGGCCGCUAGACGAGUGCCGCCCGUCCGAUCGGGCGCCGCUCCUGGUGGCCGGCGACUCCUCCGGCGGCGGCACCGCCAUGUCGCUGGUGCUGCAGCUGCAGGCGAGGCCCGAGUUGCUGCCCGGAGCGAGCCUCGUCGGCGCCUUCAUGUUCAGCCCGUGGACGAACCUCAUGUGCAACACGCCGGAGUACUACACGAACGCGUUCGCCGUCAUCAAGGACUCGCACGUGAGGUUCGAGGACCUCGGCGAGUACCAGCAGUUCGUGGGGGACAUCAUGUUCCAGUCCAUCGCGUUGCAGUCGGCCAGCCUGUUCAACGGGAACGCUGUAGCGUAUGUGGGCAAGAACACGUCCUUGUUGACCGAUCCAAUCGCUUCGUCCUACUUUGCUGGCCCGGAGCAGUUCAGCGCCGAAAGCAUGCCGUCGUUGUUCUUUACAGUAGGGGGUUCGGAGUCAAUCGAGGGCGACACUGUCCGCGUAGCCAACACCGCCGGGAAGGGCGGCGCGGACGUCGAGGUAGAGGUCUACACCGGUAUGUGGCACGUGUUCCCCAUGUAUUCUGAAGGUUGCGACAGUGGUCACGAGUUGUGGGCAGGUAUGAACGCCAUCAAAUCGACCGGGGCGUUUGUAAGGAGGGUUGUCGCAGGUGGCAAGGAUCGCGUCCGGCACGGAUUUCCCCGCAUCCACCACUUGUACGAUCCCCACAUCGACAAGUACGAGAAGGUCGGGCAGCUCCUGCCCAAUCGCGUGCGCGUGUCGGAAUACCAGAAGAUUAUCAAUCAGGUCGUGGCCAAGCCCUGGUGGGUCGUGCUGGGCUCGCUCGCGACCUCCGCCGGCGCGAUCUUCCUGAUGGGGCUCUUUCUCGGCAACCUGAUGAGCUACGGCGGUAUUCGGGCGUACCGCAGAGCCGCCCGCGUGGCCGAGUUCAGGAGGCAGUUCGUGGAGGUGCCCGUCGGCUACGUGUCGUUCGAUGGGCUCCAGGGUCGCAGGCCAGCGAGCACGUUCAUGGAAGACUUCAUCAGGGGCGUCCCCACUACGGAUGAGAGGUCCUGGCGGGUGGAGACGGCCAAGGCGAAGCUGUCCAGCACUUCCGAAUCGGACCGCGUCGAGGCGGCGCGUGCGGAGAAUGCCAUGUGGAGGCGCGCCGCAAUGGCCGGCGGGGUCCAGGAAUCGCCGUGCAGGACUCCUCCCGACGGCCAGAAGGAAGGCCUGGAGGACGGCCAGAGGCCGGACGAGCUGAUGGCGGAGGUGAAGCUGAAUCCCUUGGAGGCGUGGGCGGUGUCUACCAAGGAGGCUAAAGACGGCGGCAUCGAGGCUGCGAGGCGCGAGAACAUGGCCUGGCGCCUGCAGAACAAAGGUGCCCGGGCGCAGGCGCCGCAGUCUCCGCAGUAUCCUGGGGGCUCACUGCUCGCGGUGCCCUCUCAGCAGCUGCCGCAGUUGUCGUACCCGCUGAGUCACUCUGGGUGUAGCGCAGACGCCCUGGGCGCCAGCCGGUAUGAGCCGCCGUGUUCGGCCCCGGACGGUAAGCACGUCGUUUUCGGGCGCGUCAUCCAGGGCGUGGACAUACUCUCGAAGCUGGAGUCCUCAGGCACCCCGUCUGGCAAGCCACUCUUCGAGUCCAUCAUCUCGGACUGCGGGGAGAUAGAGUCGGAGGCUAUGAAGACCAGAAAGCGGAAGUUCAAGGAGGAGCCGCUGCCGGUCGGCUGGGAAGAGAAGGAAUCCCGGAACAAGCCAGGACUCAAGUACUACGUGCACGAGUCAGGCGCCACGCAGUUCGAGCGGCCGACCACGCGGGCUCGCGAUCCUCUCGCCGUCAUGGCGGAGAACGCGAAGGUCCGGAGGCUGGAGGCGGAGAGGGAGAGGGAGCCAGGCACUGCCGACUCGCGCCGUACAGAGCGGCGAGCGCCGCAUUUGGCACAUCCUGAAGAAGCACAAAGACUUCUUCGGUAA